UUGCCGCCGCCUAUGUUUUCAACUGUUAUAGUGCUGUACUGUGCCUUUACGAAUUUCAAUCGUGCUUUUAUUUCCCUGAGAAACAGUGUAGGGUAGACCGGGUAGACUAAGCAGCGUUGGACACGAAACAAGUAUUAUAGCGUAGUCAAAUGGUCUGCGUUUUAGUGGUUUUAACCAAGGGGCAUAUAUGGCGCAGUUCAUUCGUUUAUGAACCGCACAGAAACAUGUGGGAAGCUGUGUGUUUGUUGGGAUCGUGAUCGCGUGAACUCAGGAAAUGUUCCAUUAUUAUCGGUUAUGACAUCUCGUUCUUUGUGAUUACUGAAACAAAUUCUGCUUUUAUCUAUUUGCUAUUGCUUUAUCGAUUGGGACCAUAGAAACAUGAGCUUUGAUCGUCAAAACACAGCAAAAGUGCCGAAGAUUGAGACAGUCCCGUGCCCGGUCAACAAUGAAAGUAAUAUCCCUUUUCUUCGUGAACUGGCUGGCAAAAAGGGCACAUUUAUUGAGAAGAUUACUGAUACAAUGCACAUUGGACUGCUGCCAAGCAUGCUGGGAAAACUGAGAUCAGGAAUUGCUGACAACUUAAACAGCAUGCUUCCGAAAUAUGUUCCUCAGCUGAAUGGCAUUAUGGUUGGAUAUGAGAACCUGGCCAUGCUGGGGAGCAAAGGCCACAUGAUCCCCGGCUACCACCACAUCCACAUCAACAUCCGCGCAGAGUUCUACGUCUUCAAGCCGGUGAUCGGCGGAACACUCACCGGAACGGUUCUGAAAAAGUCCAGCUCUAGUGUCACCUGCCUGACCAACAAGGUCUUCACCGUGUUCGUGGUCCUGCCCGCGCACAUUAAGCGCUCACUACAUAAGAUACAAAUCCACGACGAGAUAUCAUUCACGAUCGAGAAGAUCGACCUCCUCUCACAGAUACCGUUCGUCAAGGGCAUUCUGAAUGAUGACAGUUUGUCGUCGGGUAGCUCUUCGCACGUGCGGUUCGAUUCGGAGUCGGCCGAGCCCGACUCUGGCCUGUCGUCGAUCGAGGACGGCUCUUUGGGUCGCAGUCCGGCCGAGUCUGCCGAAACGCCACACAGCCGCAAGCACAAGAAGCGCCGCCGUGACCGCGAGGAGGCCGAGGGCGAGGAGCCACCGGUGGCGGAGGAGCCAGCGCCAGCGGAGGAGGAGCCAGCGCGGAGAAAAUCGAAGAAACGGCGGCGGGAGGAUGAUGACCAGGUGAAUGGGGAGGAGGCGUCCCCGCGGAAGGCGAAGAAGCGCCACCGGAGCGAGUCGGAACCAGAACCUGCGGUAGAGGAGCUCUAUCUGGCCGACCCGGUACCGCCCACCAGCAGCCUCAAAAAGAAAAAGAAGAGGAGGGAGCAAGCCGACCUCAACGGCAGCAUCAGUGGAAUGUUGCGGUAACGGCCGGUGCUGUUACAGUGUUUUUCAAAUGUGGGGGAUCAGUGCCUUGCUAUGUGUUUAGAACGUGUAUGGAACCGGGAAGGGGACUUGUUUCGAUGCUGUUGCUGCCACACGUGUUGGUUCCGGUGUGGCGAGAACGGAACGACAAAUCAGAGAUAUUGCAAUACAAAGUUGUUCGUGUCGCA